AUGGCUUAUAAUGACUCCAAGAAAAAAGAAGAUUGCUUAGAGAGUGACCGAAUUGAUGAUGUGGGACUAGUAGCAGGCAGAACCCAGCGAGAGAAGAAAUGUUCCUACAAGGAUCUGCUUCGGGAAGAGGAGGAGAUAGCUGCUCAGGUUAGGAAGAAUUCAAAGAAGAGGCUGAAGGAGAGUGACCUGUUCUUGCUGGGGACAGAAUCUCACAAGAAGAAGAGGAAGCACUUCAAUGAGUACUCUUACAGAGACCUUUCUUCUCUUCAGUUAUCCUUGCCUUUGCAAUCAUCUUCAAAAAAGAGGAAAAAAGUAGUGAUGAGCCCACCCUCUGCUGAUACUGCCAUGGAUCUGCUUAAGGCCAUCGCCUCACCUUUAGCCACAGGCUCCAAGUCCUCUAAAAAGUCAUCUGAAAAAUCAUCUCAUUCUAUAUUUUCUGCCUCUGAUUAUUCAGAAGGCAAGAAGGAACACCACAAGAAAAAGCUGAGCGGAAGCAGCAGCAACUUGACCUUGGAUGAAAGCACUUUGCACAAGUCGAAAAAGAUGAAGCCCCCCCAUGUGAACACUGAAAUGUUGACCUUGCGUGAACCUGAUGGUUUAAAGAUGAAACUCAUCCUCUCACUGAAGGAAAAUGGGGGAAGCACAAUGGAGGAGCCCUUUCCACAUUCAGUAGCAACAAAGAAAUCUAAGAAGUCAGCUCGGGAUGAACAGGGAUCAUUUCUCCCUAGCCACGAUUUGCACAGCUUCUUGAAAUUGUCCCAAAAGAAGCACAAUCCACUUCCAGAUCCACGUCUUUCUCCAGCUGCUGAGAGCUUUAGCUGAGACACACCCCUUUUCCCAGAAAGCCAAAGCAGCGAGUUUGAGCUUUCAGGCCUGGAACCACAAGUGGAAUCAAGUUCAUCCUCUGGAGGUGAGUUGGAAGCUGGAGAACUAGUAACUGAUGAUUCGUACCGAGAGAUGAAAAAGAAGAAGAAAUCAAAGAAGAGUAAAAAGAAGGACAAGGAAAAGAAGCAUUCCAAAUCCAAGAAGAGUUCUGCGCUUUCUUUGCUGCCAGUAGCAGAAGUAACAGCUCCACUGCCAAUGUCUCCACCCAGCACACAGUUUGCUAUUCCUGCACCUCCUCCACCACCUGUUUUUCAUACAGAUGGCCAGAGUGAGAAAAAGAGAAGAGAGAAAUCGGACAAAGAGAAGCCAAAGAAGAAGAAUAUGUCUGCCUACCAAGUAUUCUGUAAGGAAUAUCGUGUGAACAUUGUGGCUGAGCAUCCAGGAAUAGAUUUUGGUGAUCUGAACAAAAAGCUGGCAGAAGUUUGGAAACAGCUUCCAGAGAAAGAUAAGCUGGUUUGGAAACAGAAGGCUCAGUAUUUGCAACACAAGCAGAAUAAAGCAGAGGCUACAACAGUGAAGAGGAAAGCAACCUCAUCAGAGGGUGCUCCAAAACUGAAAGGUAACCUCCACAUUGCACUGCUUCUGUAACGGGUGCUUUCACCCUAUAAGAAGUCUCCAUCUAGCACUGUAGUGUUCUCCUCCUCACCCAUCAAAGUUCCUGAAACAGAUCCCAUUGAUGUAGCUGCACAUUUGCAAUUACUUGGUGAAUCUCUAUGUCUUAUUGGCCACAGGCUACAGGAGACUGAGGGGAUGGUGGCUGUGUCAGGAAGCUUAUCAGUGCUUCUGGAUGCAAUAAUCUGUGCCUUAGGCCCUUUGGCAUGUCUGGCAUCCCAGCUCCCUGAACUAAAUGGCUGCCCCAAACACAUUUUGUCAAACGUAUUGGACAACAUUACCUACAUCAUGCCUGGACUCUGACAAUAAAAGGGUAAUGGAAAGUGCCCUGCUGCCAUGUAGUUGAUGUGUGUACAUAAGUGCUAUCCUGGCAUUCUUCAAAAGUUCAACAUGUAGGGCUUUUAAAGUUUUCUGUCUGUAACAUAUUGAAUAGAAUUGUACUGCUCUGCUUGAUUUUAUGAAAAGUUUCAGUCUUAAAUUUGAGGGACUUAGAGAACGUUUUCUCUCAGAUUGGAUGUUUCUAUAUAAUUAGAGUUGGGAAGUCUUUUGAUACAUCAGCUUUAACAUGGAAUUUAAAAAAAUGGAAUUACUUUUACUUGGAAAAGUCAAGCAGGUUUGGGGCAAAUCAAGUAUCAUAGGCACAGCCCUGCUCUUCAAACACUAAUUUGGGCAGAAAUGUUUUUCUUCUCUGAGAAAUUUAUUGGUUGAAGGGUUAACUUGCAUGUUGUUAAAAGUAACACUGGGAAAGAAAUUUGUGGUAGUGGUGUUUUGCUGAGGGCUAGUGCUGUCACCAGGAAUCCUCCUUACUAAUUCUUCCAACCAUAGUAGAGGUGCUAAUUUAGAUUCAGGCUUGAAUGAAUACUCAAUUUAAGAGAAACAAGGGCUUCUUGAUGUGGAUUAGUAAAACAGUAGAAAAAUGCAUUGCUUCUCCACACAUUGUAACUACUCUAUGGAUUCUAAUGUUUAGACUAGUGCUUGAAUAUUCUAAAGAGGGAGCCCUUUAUGAAAUCCACAAGCCCCACCUCAACUCCUUCUGAUUUUAGCCAGUGUCCCUCCUCUCUCCCUCCUUCCCCCUCUCUCCCAAGAGACUCAAAAAACAGUAGCUAAGGUACCACCAUAAAAGGUGGGGGUGGGGGCAGGCCUCCUCUAGCCCAUUUAUAAUUCUUGUCAAGGAUUAUCAAUACCUUGGCACAGUCAUUAACCAAAAUGGAGACCAUAGUCAAGAAAUCAGAAGGCUAGGACUGGGGAGGGCAGCUAUGAGAGAACUAGAAAAGGUCCUCAAAUGCAAAGAUGUAUCACUGAACACCAAAGUCAGGAUCAUUCAGACCAUGGUAUUCCCAAUCUCUAUGUAUGGAUGUGAAAGUUGGACAGUGAAAAGGGUGGAGAAGAGAAAAAUCAAGUCAUUUGAAAUGUGGUGUUGGAGGAGAGCUUUGCGCAUACCAUGGAUUGCACAAAAGACAAAUAAUUGGGUGUUAGAACAGAUUAAACCAGAACUGUCACUAGAAGCUAAAAUGAUGAAACUGAGGUUAUCAUACUUUGGACACAUCAUGAGAAGCCCUGAUUCACUAGAAAAGACAAUAAUGCUGGGGAAAACAGAAGGGAGUAGAAAAAGAGGAAAACCAAACAAGAGAUGGAUUGAUUCCAUAAAAGAAGCCACAGACCUGAACUUACAAGAUCUGAACAGGGUGGUUCAUGACAGAUGAUUCAUAGGGUUGCCAUAAGUCGUAAUGGACUUGAAGGCACAUAACAACAACAUCACCAGCAACGAACUGAUGUAGUCUUCUUGUGGUGCUGAAAUGUAUGUUGUAGAGGUGGUGAUUAAGGUGAAUAAGGGCUUUUAGCUGAGCAAAAGACAUUGAUUAGGCAGAUCCCUUAUCCCCAGCCACAGGAUUUACUGCUCUGAGUGCCUGUAGCUCUUUAGGGAAGCACUUCUCUCUCACAUAGGCUAAAGUGUGGCAUUUUUAAUGUGUAUUUACAUUUUCACAUAUUGUUUCUGUAGUAGAUUAAUUUAUAUUGUAUAUAGCUGUAAUUAAAACAAAAAUUAUUUCCAUACUGUAUGGAAAACAUGAGCUACAUGUCAUCAUGUGAAACUGAAUUGUAUCUGUCAUUACCAAGCAUAGGCUCAAAAUGAAAGAGUAGCAGUGGGGUUUGAGUGAUGGAUGGAAACAAAAAUUAAAAAUUUUGUAUUGUGCCAGAAGUUCCCUUGCCACUUGUAAUUUAUAAAUUUAAAGUGACAGAAAAUAGGAUAAUUUUGGUUCCAGGACUAAAUUCUGUGCUCUUUCUUCAGGCCCCUAAAGUCUUAUUGGCAGUUGUUAAACAACUAGGUUCAAAGUAACAUUUAAGAGUGCAAUGCUGUGAUCCCCGAGAGGGCUUUCCAAGAGCCAUAGGACAGAAGAGGUCUAUCCUUCUGAUGUCUGAGAGGGAAACCCAGUGUCAGACCCUCCCUCUCUGUUGACCCCCUUUCCUCCAAAGCCCUGACCGAACUGUCAUCGGAGCCCUCUUGGUCCUGUGUUGUGCCCCCAAAUGAGGUUAGAGAUUUAGUUGUUCCUGAGUGUGACAAAAUCCUUCCCUCCCUUUGUUUCUGAUGAGAUGGAAAGCUUUUUUUAAAAAUGAUGAAAGACUGAAGAUCACAAGGGCAUUCCUACACCUACACUUAAGCCCAGCAGGGACAUUGAAUAUGAUAGUAGAACCAUAUUCAUAUUCCACAAACCCCUAGCCACCUUAGGAUUGAAGGCUAAGUGUUUGAGAACUGUUUCCACCCACUUUUUCCAAACUUCUAACAUUUAGAUAAGAGUUCUCUUUCUUCACAAGUUUUCCCCAGUUAAUCCCAAGGCGGACAGAUUAGCUAUAUAAGGUGCUAUUCUGUAAAUAAACCCACACGCUGGGAACUUAUGUCUUGUUUAUUACAGAGCUUUUAGUAUCUCAAGCAGCAUUGCAGUGGUAAAGAGAAUCCUGGGGCAAUCUCUUUCAAUCUGGAUAAUAAUUAGACACUUUGUUUCUACAGGAGACAUGUAAUACUUGGUUUAGAUUCCGAUAAAUAUACAGCCCUCAUAUUAAACAGUAGAAGGCGGUCUACUUCAGUUUUGCCAUCUGCACUAUGGCAAUAUUGAAGUUUUUAAAAGAAAAAUGUACUGAUGUACUUUUAUUUAAAAUUUGUACACAUUUGUAUAAUCUGUAUCUUGUGAUAUUUGGUACUAGAGAGCUUUGUACUUAAACCCGUGUACUUUUUUACAUUUGUUAUUUGCUGCCAUAC